UCCUUCUGCCUCUCUCUCUCUCCCCGUCGCCUCCCGUCCUACUCUACUCGGACGCACCGCACUGUGCAGCGAGAGAGAGAGAGAGCAGCGGGCGCGGCUGCCGAAGCGAGAGCGACGCCACCAACGGGCCGAUUUUUAAGCGCGCCAUCUCUCUCCUCCACCCCCGUGUCCUCCUGCUCGCCUCGUCGUCCCGUUCGUCGGCCAGAGCAGAGCAGAGCACGCGCGGGUGCGACUGUGCGCGCGUGACGUGAGCGCUCGCUUGGCCCGUGCCCAUGGCUGCUGCGCCGUGCGCGCUCUCGUCCUCCCGUCGCCGCCGCCGCCGCCUCGCCGUUCUGCCGGCGGUCAUGGCGGCGGCGCUUCUCCUCUUGGCCUGCUGCGCCGAGGGAGCGGCGGCGGGGAGCGGUGGCAGGGGGCUGACGCGGCGGAGGCAGCUGCUGAGGCAGCGGCAGGUGCAGUACCACCUCAAGCGCCUCAACAAGGCGCCGCUCGCCAGCAUUGAGAGCCCGGAUGGGGACAUCAUAGACUGCGUGCCCAUCUCCAGCCAGCCUGCCUUCGACCACCCUUUGCUCAAGAACCAUACUAUCCAGACGAGGCCUGCUUACCACCCAGAAGGCCUGUAUGAUGAAUCCAAGGUCGCGUCCCAGAAGCAGCGCACUCAGACAAUCACCCAAAUGUGGCACCAGAACGGCCUGUGCCAAGAGAACACCAUACCAAUCAGGAGGACCAAGAAGGAGGACGUCUUCAGGGCCAGCUCCAUCAGGAGGUAUGGCAAGAAGACGCACCUCAGCACCCCGAACCCCUCGUCCGUCGACCCUGCCAUGCUCAACGAGAACGGCCACCAGCAUGCAAUAGCAUAUGUGGAGGGGGAUAAGUACUAUGGAGCCAAGGCCACCAUCAAUGUGUGGCAGCCGAGCAUUCAGCAGGGCAACGAGUUCAGCCUCUCCCAGCUUUGGAUCCUGGGGGGUUCCUUUGGGCAGGACCUCAACAGCAUUGAAGCAGGGUGGCAGGUCAGCCCAGACUUGUAUGGAGACAACAACACCAGACUCUUCACCUACUGGACUAGCGAUGCGUAUCAGGCAACAGGGUGCUACAACCUGCUCUGCUCGGGGUUCAUCCAGACAAACAACCAGAUAGCCAUGGGCGCCAGCAUCUUCCCUAUCUCCAACUAUGGUGGCUCCCAAUAUGAUAUCAACAUUUUGGUAUGGAAGGACCCAAAGGAGGGCAACUGGUGGCUGCAGUUCGGCAACGACUACGUGCUGGGCUACUGGCCGUCCUUCCUCUUCUCGUACCUGGCGGACAGCGCGUCGAUGAUCGAGUGGGGCGGCGAGGUGGUGAACACGGAGCCCGACGGCAGCCACACGUCCACCCAGAUGGGCAGCGGCCACUUCCCGGAGGAGGGGUUCGGCAAGUCGAGCUACUUCAAGAACAUCCAGGUGGUGGACUCGUCCAACAACCUCAAGGCGCCGCGGGGGAUCGGCUCCUUCACCGAGCAGUCCAACUGCUACGACGUGCAGAACGGCAACAAUGGCGACUGGGGCACCUACUUCUACUACGGGGGCCCCGGCAAGAACCCCAACUGUCCAUAGCCUCCAAGAAAUGAAAUGAACUGCCACUGCUGCUGCCCAAGCCCUAACAACAAGACAACACGCACCCCCUUGACGCCUAUGUAUUAUCCAGUAAAUUAGUUCAUUCACACCCCAAGCCUUUCUUCCUUUUUCCAUAUCUUUUUUGUGAUUUUUUUCUUCUUGGUUUUCUGUUUUCAAGUUUUGGUUCGAGGAGUUGAUUAACUUCUAGGUAAGGUAAGGCAAGUGUUUGACAGAUCAUGUGGGUUUGUUCUCUGCCUCGGAGAGAUGUUGGUCUGAGUCUGUUCUGGGGAGGCGUGUGGUCAAGUUUCUGAAGAGAAACAGGCCUGUUUGGUUGGGCUGGAUUAUUUUA